ACAGCGAUCAUGUUAACAAUUCCGGAUGGCGAUGAAGAUGGUCUAUACGGACAAUAUACUUUUGGCUCCGUGUUAGAACAUACUGAAAGUAAUAAUAUUAAUAUUCUGCCAACGCCAAGAAAACGUGCCACGUCUUUUAAUAAGGUAAAAGAAAAGAACUUGGACAUAUUCCUUCAUGAUGACAUCAGACCUAGAACACAUAGUAUGCCGACGAGAAGUUCAUUCAGGAAACCAGAUACUCGUCACUUGCAACUUGCCCGUUUGCGAUUAAAUAAAUACAUUGACAAUGAAACAUACAAUGUUAGAUCUUUCGAAAUUAGUUCCAAAGGAGUAAUAACAAAAAGACCUGAUUCAAUACGCACAAAAAGUACCAACAGCAUUUACUCUCCAGAUGGAGACUUUUUAAGUACAUCUCCGCAAUCAAUUAUAUCUAGCUCACUCUCAAAAGAAAGUUUGCGGGUAUCUCCAAACACAGUGUCUCUUCCGGCACUGCCUCCAAUACACGUAAUGAUUCUUGGUGAACCUGGUGUGGGGAAAACAGGUUUGGCGCAGCAAUUUAUGACAUUGGAAUAUUUGGGAGGAUUUAAUACUAGUGUGGGUGAGUUAUAA